CCCUUUUCUACCGCUUACCCGGGGCAGGGGCGCCCAGACUUCCCUUCUCCCCGUCGACUUCAUUCGGUUCUUCCAGGGGGAUUCCAAGUCGUUCCCUGGCCAGCUGAGAGACGCAGCCCCUCCGGUGGGACGUGCCCGGAAAACCUCAGCUCGGGAGGCGUCGGAACCAGACCCGCAGCCACCUCAUCUGGCUGCGCUAGUGGAACUUUUUCCACUUUCUGUGUUUCCGCUCGAGUGUCCGGCCGAGUUGAACACAACCGUGGCUCAGUUGUUGUUGUUGUUGUUUUUUUCCUCCCCCCCUCCUCGUGUGGAAAUUAAAUGAAGAAAAUCUAACUUCUGUUUAUUUAUGAUGGCGUUUGUUGAGUUUUAACAGGCGCUCGUCGCACGGAGGCUAACGUUAGCAUGUUAGCUUAGCACGGCGCAGGUACGCUAGUGCUAAUGCUAAUAGUACGUGUCCAGCCGCCGAGGAGGAAAAGGACGCCGCGGCCGACGUGAACGAGGCUUCCCCGGGAAGGAAGACAAGUUGGAAUCAAGUCCGGUUAAAUGGGAAACGUCGUCGGCAUGGUGGACAUUUCGGGCUUUGGCGUUGUUCUUUCGAAAAACGUGGCAACUUUUUAGGAAGCAUGACGAUGUUUUCAUCGAGGAGGAAACCGGUGCUCUAUUUUAAGGAGGAGAGAAGGUCGGUGUGGGGCCGCUGUUCCGUCUACAAGCUGUUCGGGCUCUGCGUGCUGCUGCUGCUGGCGUCGCUGCUGUGGCUGCAGCUCGGCUGCUCGUCCGACGCGGCCGCCGCCGGCCCGGCGGAGCGGCGCGGGGCUCCCCCGCAGCCGGACCCCCCGCCCCCGCCCCCGCCCUGCCGCUCCGAGGGCCGCUCGCCGGACGAGGCGUCGUGGGGUCCUCACAAGCUGGCGCUGUUGGUGCCCUUCCGGGAGCGCUUCGACGAGCUGUUGGUCUUCGUGCCCUUCAUGCACGACUUCCUGAACAAGAAGAAGAUCAAGCACCAGAUCCUCGUCAUCAACCAGGUGGACCACUUCAGGUUCAACCGAGCGUCCCUGAUCAACGUGGGCUACCUGGAGAGCGCCAACGACACGGACUACGUGGCCAUGCACGACGUGGACCUGCUGCCCCUCAACGAGGCGCUGGACUACGGCUUCCCCGCCGACGGGCCCUUCCACGUGGCCUCGCCGGAUCUGCACCCCCUCUACCACUACAAGACCUACGUGGGCGGAAUCCUGCUGCUUACCAAGAAACACUACCACAUGUGUAACGGGAUGUCCAAUCGGUUCUGGGGCUGGGGCCGCGAGGACGACGAGUUCUACCGGCGUCUGAGGAAAGCCGACCUACAGCUGUUUCGGCCCAGCGGGAUCGCCACGGGAUACGAGACGUUCCGGCACGUGCACGACCCCGCCUGGCGCAAGCGGGACCAGAAGCGUGUGGCGGCCCAGAAGCAGGAGCAGUUCAAAGUGGAUCCUGAAGGGGGCCUCAGCAACCUGCGCUACCGCGUGGAGUCCCGCCAGGAGCUGACUGUAGGGGGCGCUCCGUGCACCGUCAUCAACGCCAGGCUGGAGUGCGACCUGGACAAGACGCCCUGGUGCCUCCUGGCGUAGGACGCCGACUCGCCCUGAGGUGGGCGCACUUUGGCUGACUCCGUGGCCGCUUUUUUGGCGGGCAGCGAGGCUAUUUUUUUGUGUUUUGUUUUUUUCCCCUCUUUCCUUUUCCUUUCUUUUUUCCGUCUUCUCUCGUUUCAGCUCCGAUAGGUGAAAAAGAAAGAUCGGAUUUGUUUUUAAGUAGCCUCGUCGUCGUAUGCAAGUCGCGCUCAUAACCAUCGCCCUGGGAGAUGUUUUUUUUAAAAUGACUGAACAAAGAUAUUGUCGUGGUCCCGCUCAGGCAUUCAAACCAGCGAGCACAACGUCUAAAAUCCAAGUCGGGCUGCUUUUCAAAAUAAGAGCAGCUCAAUAAAAAGCCAGAAGAAGCAAACAUUCCUGCGUGAUGACGAAAAGGAGGAUUGGAUUCGUUCGCGGCGCCGACUCGUGAUUCAGGAGUGGGGACCGGGGGACGGAUCCAAAUUCCUCCGGGGUGGGGGUGGGAGAUCACUUGGGCCGCCGCCAACGGUGCGCCCGCUCAAAUCGAGUGCGUCGGGAUGAACGUCGCUCAUUUGUCCUAUGACGUUACUUUCAAAAUUGCGACCCUAGUGAGGAUAAGCAGCACACAGAAUGAAAGGAUUCCAUGUACAUACAAUAAAAGUCACUCAGUCAAAUGACGACAAAUCUGAUAAAAAUGUAGUUUUUGCAUGAAUGUAUUUUUUUUCCCUCCUGCGAAAUUCAAAAUAUGUUCGUUUUGUAGUCCUUCAUCUCGUUACAUAAUCGCAUCGCUCAUUUACUGUAAAUAAUGAAAUUGUAACAUAAACACAUUUGAAAUUCAUUUUUAAAAAGCAAGAAUUUAUUUAUUGCAUUCAUUUAGUCACUUUUUGUUUUCCCGAAAUUGGUCAUUUGUCCAAAUAGGUUUAUUGAUUUUUGCAUUCCUUUUAUCUCGCAAACUAUUAAUUUGUUGUCAAUGAUUAAAUUUACAAAAAAAAGAGAGGCACUUUUCAAAAGAUAUGAAGUGGUCAAUGAAAUACAUUUAAAAGUACAAAAUGAGCGUGAAUUUUGUUUUGUUUUGUUUUUUGCAUUUUGUUUAUUUUCCUUUUGAUUGAAAACUUUAGACACGGUGGUGGCGCUGGAACGGUUUGCGCUGCAGGUGGUUGACAUCCGGCUUAUCCCUACGUGGCUUUUCUCUGGUUUCCCAUCGCGUGGCAAAAACAUGCAUGGUCGGUUAACUGAGGAGCCGCAAAUUGCCUGUAGGCGCCGCCAGACGCUUGCGACUGCCAAGAUAGCCGACCCAGCCCCACCCAACCGCGACGCAAAUUUUAUUCGUGUCUAAACCAAGACAUAAAAAUAACAUUUUUCAUUUCUAGAAAAUAAUGCAAUGUGUUUAUAUAUUAAACAAUUGCUCAAUUACAAUUUACGUUACAUGCUAAUUCAUUUGUAUGUUUUUAUUAAACUGGACUAUUUGAACGAAGUUGAUGUCCCAAAUAAAAAGUCAAAGGUGGCUCCUCAGCACAAAAGUCUGCACACCCCUCAGCUAUGCUAACGCUACUCUGCUACUAAAUCUUUUAUUUUUUCAAACUCACAAUUGUUGAAAUGUUUUUUGUUUUAUUUAAGAGCUUUUUUUUUUUUUUUUACUGUAGUUUUAAUUGAGAAACGCCAAAGAUGGGCAUCGCGUUACAUGUAAGACGAUGACGUCCCGCAAUAAUAAGUGCAAUGAUCUGGCCAUUUUGUCGGUCAUAAAAAGCAGACCAAUAUGUUACUUCUAUGAUUCUUUAUUGCUUCUACAUAAAGGUUAUUCUGCUUCAAAAUUCUUUGCUGAUAUGAUUCCGUCCCAUCGUUGACCUCUGCCCCUUCCGUAUUCCUCAACCGGUUCACAAAUAUUUACCAAAUCUGGGAAACCUGACAAAAAAAAAAAAAAAAAUCCCCCAACUCUGACAUUUUUUAUGUCAUUCAUCCUUCCAUACUUCACCAAAUUUGAAAAUAGACAAAGCCUCCUGCUUGAAGAUAGGCCCCGGCACGCCUGCGACCUUCGUGAGGAUAAGCACUUCAGGUCAUAAGUGGAUGAGCGGAUCGUGAUUGACGUCCACGAACGUCACCCGCUUACUCUUGAAUGGAUUUCAGCGUCGCACUUUGAGCGCCCCCUCUGGCGAAAGACACGCACACUUAAUGUUGAACCCCCGCGCGGGGGCGGGGUCAUGUUCAUGUAACAAUGCUAUUGAUGAUGAUGAUGAUGAUGAUGAUGAUGAUUUUUUUUUUGUCAACCAAGCAGAUUUUCAAGUGGACGUGCUCCGAUUUUCUGUCACGUGUUAUGUUGCCGGUACUAUGCGCCAUUGAGGUUUUGGACGCCGGGGGGCAGCACGAGCUGGAUUUUCGAGCAUCUUAUUUCAUUUUCGUGUAUUUGUUAUGACAAAGUCAGAUGUAUCAAAGUUAUUAAGGCAUUUACGUACGGUAUAUUUCAUUUUCAAGACACAAAAGCAUUUACAGGAAUUGCAUCGUCGCGCGAUGGAAGGUGUAAAAUAGAACAAAUGUAAGCUAUCUGUCGAUCCGUUGUUCUAGGGUUAGGGUCAGUCGUCCC